GUAAUCUUCCACGUCACUAGGAAGUAGUGGAGAUCCGAAAGAGAGAGAGAGCUCGCCAAAGGGAGCUGUAGAGCAUUUUUACAGAUGUAAAUAUAUAAACUGGAUAUUAAAGGCCACUUUAGAGGAUUGCUGACGUGCAGUUCGGUAUUGUCCAGUGAGUGACAUUCAUUGGGAUUCUUCUGAACGGAUACAAGCCCAGCAGCAAAAUGACGGCUGCAGAAAACGUUUGUUACACUCUGAUCAAUGUCGCAUCUGACUCAGAGCCCCCUUCUGAAGUCAGCUUAAAGGCUGAUCUAGAAAAGGGGGAGAUCAAGGCAAAGACUGAAGCCCUGAAGAAGGUCAUCAUCAUGAUUUUGAAUGGCGAGAAGUUGCCAGGACUGCUGAUGACCAUAAUUCGCUUUGUGCUGCCGCUUCAAGACCACACCAUUAAAAAGUUGCUGCUGGUUUUCUGGGAGAUUGUCCCUAAAACAACUCCAGAUGGUAAACUGCUUCAGGAGAUGAUCCUGGUCUGUGAUGCCUACAGAAAGGACCUGCAGCAUCCCAAUGAGUUCAUCCGUGGCUCCACUCUGCGUUUCCUGUGCAAGCUGAAGGAGUCCGAGCUGCUUGAGCCUCUGAUGCCAGCGAUCCGGGCAUGCCUGGAGCACCGCCACAGCUAUGUGCGCCGCAAUGCUGUCCUGGCCAUUUACACCAUAUAUAGGAACUUUGAACAUCUCAUCCCAGAUGCUCCUGAGUUGAUCCAUGAUUUUCUGGUCAAUGAAAAAGAUGCCAGCUGUAAGAGAAAUGCUUUCAUGAUGCUGAUUCAUGCAGAUCAGGAUCGAGCUCUGGAUUACCUCAGCACCUGUAUUGACCAGGUUCACACUUUUGGCGACAUCCUCCAGCUGGUCAUUGUGGAGCUGAUUUACAAAGUUUGCCAUGCUAACCCUUCUGAACGAGCCCGUUUCAUUCGCUGCAUCUACAACCUGCUGCAGUCCUCAAGUCCAGCUGUCAAGUAUGAGGCUGCAGGGACUCUUGUGACCCUCUCCAGCGCUCCCACAGCCAUUAAGGCUGCUGCCCAGUGCUACAUUGAUUUGAUUAUCAAGGAGAGCGACAACAAUGUGAAGCUAAUUGUUCUUGAUCGUCUGAUUGAACUGAAGGAGCAUCCCACUCAUGAGCGCGUACUCCAGGACCUUGUGAUGGACAUCCUGCGUGUUCUCAGCACUCCUGACCUAGAAGUCAGAAAGAAGACCUUGCAGCUGGCACUGGACCUUGUCUCAUCUCGGAAUGUCGAGGAGUUGGUGAUUGUUUUGAAGAAAGAGGUGAUCAAGACAAACAACGUAACAGAACACGAAGACACCGAUAAGUACAGGCAGCUCUUAGUGCGCACUCUCCACUCAUGCAGCGUGCGCUUUCCUGACAUGGCGGCUAAUGUCAUACCUGUGCUGAUGGAAUUCCUGAGUGACACUAAUGAGGCAGCUGCUGCUGAUGUGCUGGAGUUUGUGAGAGAAGCCAUUCAGAGGUUUGACAACUUGAGACCAUUGAUCAUUGAGAAGAUGCUGGAAGUCUUUCAUGCCAUCAAAACUGUCAAGAUUUACAGAGGAGCUCUCUGGAUCUUAGGAGAAUACUGCUGCACCAAGGAAGACAUCCAGAGUGUGAUGACAGAAGUACGCAGGUCUUUGGGAGAGAUCCCAAUUGUAGAGAAUGAGAUAAAGAAAGAGACAGGUGAGGUGAAGCCAGAAGAUGAAGUGAGUGCAGCUCCAGCUCAGAAGCUGGUGACAGAGAUGGGCACCUAUGUGACACAGAGCGCCCUCAGCUCCUCCAGGCCUUCAAAGAAAGAGGAGGAUAGACCUCCGCUCAGAGGCUUCCUAAUGGAUGGGGACUUCUAUGUGGCAGCUUCCCUGGCCACCACACUAACCAAAGUGGCCUUGCGCUAUGUGGCUAUUGUUCAAGACAAAAAGAAACAGAAUUCAUUUGUUGCAGAGGCCAUGUUGAUCAUGGUCACUGUGCUGCACCUGGGCAAGUCCUCUUUGCCCAAGAAGCCAAUUACAGACGACGAUGUGGAUCGCAUCUCGCUGUGCCUGAAGGUCCUGUCAGAGUGUUCACCGCUUAUGAAUGACAUUUUCAACAAGGAGUGCCGUAAAUCCCUGUCACAUAUGCUGACUGUCAGACUGGAGGAAGAGAAGCUGUCACAGAAGAAAGAGUCCGAGAAACGUAACGUAACGGUGCAGGCAGACGAUCCAAUCUCCUUCAUGCAGCUCACAGCCAAAAAUGAGAUGACUUCUAAAGAGGACCAGUUCCAGCUCAGCCUGCUGGCUGCUAUGGGCAACACUCAGAGGAAGGAGGCGGCUGAUCCUCUGGCAUCGAAACUCAACAAGGUGACCCAACUAACAGGCUUCUCGGAUCCUGUGUAUGCUGAAGCCUAUGUUCACGUCAACCAGUAUGACAUUGUGUUGGAUGUGCUGGUGGUCAACCAGACCAGUGAUACUCUCCAGAACUGCACUCUCGAGCUGGCCACCCUAGGGGAUCUCAAAUUGGUUGAGAAGCCUUCACCUCUAACUCUGGCCCCACAUGAUUUUGCUAACAUUAAGGCCAAUGUCAAGGUGGCUUCCACUGAGAAUGGAAUUAUAUUUGGCAACAUUGUCUAUGAUGUGUCGGGAGCUGCUAGCGACAGAAACUGCGUUGUACUCAGCGAUAUCCACAUUGACAUCAUGGACUACAUCCAGCCAGCCUCCUGCACUGAUGCAGAAUUCAGGCAGAUGUGGGCAGAGUUUGAGUGGGAAAACAAAGUGACAGUGAACACCAACAUCACUGAUCUCAAUGACUAUCUCCAGCAUAUCCUCAAGUCCACCAACAUGAAGUGUCUGACUCCUGAAAAGGCACUGUCUGGCUUCUGCGGCUUCAUGGCGGCCAACCUUUAUGCUCGUUCCAUCUUUGGAGAAGAUGCCCUGGCUAAUGUCAGCAUUGAGAAGCCCAUCCACCUGGGGCCUGAGGCACCUGUCAACGGACACAUACGCAUUAGAGCCAAAAGUCAGGGGAUGGCCCUGAGCCUGGGUGACAAGAUCAACCUCUCCCAAAAGAAGGCAAACGCCUGAAACAACUGCUACUCUCUCGUGUCACCCAUUUUACAGCCUUCUCAUCACAGCAAAUUAAGAACUCUAUGUGGUCAGUUGCUUCUGUGCUUUUUUUUUUUUUUUUUACAUCACCUCUUUCAGAAAACUACAUCUCGGCAAUGUUCUUUCCCUGUCCUGUUUAAUUUUCAAUAAACAUAAUAUGUAUUAAAUAGUUUUCCAAGCUGUAUUCAUUGAGUAAUAAUCUGUGCUAUGCUGAUAAAUUAAUUCAUCAUUAAAUACCUGUUUGAAGCCA